AUGUCUCAGGAAGAAUCUGUUCAACAGACCACUGAAAAUGUGGCUAACCUUCAUCUGGAUGAUGUAACUGGUGAGAUGGUUUCAAAAUCUGAAUUGAAGAAGCGUAUCAAACAAAGACAAGUUGAGGCCAAGAAAGCUUCUAAGAAGGCAGCUGCUAAACCAAAGCCAGAACAAAAGAAGACAUCAGAUGUGUUUGCUGACCUUGAUCCUUCUCAAUACUUCGAAGCAAGAUCUCGUCAAAUUCAAGAAUUGAGAAAGACUCAUUCUCCAAACCCAUAUCCACACAAAUUUCACGUUUCUAUCACUUUGCCGGAGUUCUUGAAGAAGUAUGCUCAUUUGAAGCGUGGUGAAUCUUUGCCUGAAGAGAAGGUUUCUAUUGCUGGUAGAAUCCAUGCUAAGAGAGAAUCUGGCUCUAAGUUGAAGUUCUACGUUUUCCACGGUGAUGGUGUUGAGGUUCAAGUCAUGUCACAAUUGCAAGACUAUCACUCUGAAAGUGCAUAUCAACAAGAUCACGCUUUGUUGAAGAGAGGUGAUAUUGUUGGUGUCGAAGGUUACGUUGGUAGAACCCAGCCAAAGAAAGGUGGUGAAGGUGAAAUAUCAGUGUUUGUUUCACGUAUUCAAUUAUUGACACCUUGUUUGCAUAUGUUACCUGCUGACCACUUUGGUUUUAAGGACCAAGAAACUAGGUAUAGGAAAAGGUACUUGGACUUGAUUAUGAACAAGGAAGCCAGAGGUCGUUUUCUCACAAGAUCUAAGAUAAUUACUUAUAUCAGAAAAUUCUUGGAUCAAAGAGACUUUAUUGAGGUUGAGACUCCUAUGAUGAACGUUAUUGCUGGUGGUGCUACUGCUAAGCCAUUUGUAACCCAUCACAAUGAUUUGGAUAUGCAAAUGUACAUGAGAAUUGCUCCAGAAUUGUUCUUGAAGCAGUUGGUUGUCGGUGGUAUGGACAGAGUAUAUGAAAUCGGUAGACAGUUUAGAAAUGAAGGUAUCGACAUGACUCAUAACCCAGAGUUUACUACUUGUGAGUUUUAUCAAGCUUACGCUGAUGUCUACGAUUUGAUGGACAUGACUGAAUUGUUGUUUUCCGAGAUGGUCAAAGAAAUCACCGGUGAUUACAAGAUCAAGUUCCAUCCAGAUCCAAAUAACGCAGAAAAGGAAUACGAAAUCAACUUUGCCAGACCAUGGAAGAGAAUUAACAUGAUUGAAGAAUUGGAAAAGAGAUUUAACGUUACCUUCCCACCAGGCGAUGAACUGCACACUGCAGAAACAGGUGAAUUUUUAAAGAAGGUUCUAGCUGACAAUAAAAUGGAAUGUCCACCACCUUUGACGAACGCUCGUAUGCUGGACAAGCUAGUCGGUGAACUAGAAGACACCUGUAUCAAUCCAACCUUCAUUUUCGGUCACCCGCAAAUGAUGUCCCCAUUGGCUAAAUACUCUAGGGAUCAACCAGGUUUGUGUGAACGUUUUGAAGUGUUUGUUGCUACUAAGGAAAUCUGUAACGCUUACACUGAAUUGAAUGAUCCGUUUGAUCAAAGAGCUCGCUUCGAAGAACAAGCCAGACAAAAGGAUCAAGGUGACGACGAAGCUCAAUUGGUUGAUGAAACAUUCUGUAAUGCCUUGGAAUACGGUCUACCUCCUACCGGUGGUUGGGGUUGCGGUAUUGAUAGAUUAGCCAUGUUCUUAACUGACUCAAAUACUAUCAGAGAAGUUUUGUUGUUCCCAACUUUGAAACCAGACGUCUUGAAGGAGGAAUUGAGCAAAUAA